CAAGGUCCUCUAAAGGAAAAUUCCUUCACACAGAAGAGUCGCCCAACCAGUCAGACGUGCCCAAACCUCUGACUGUCACCUUGUAGUAAUGUUGUCUUUGAGAGGUGGCAGGUGAUUGGCUGAUCCUCUGCAGGUGAAACUAAUCCUGCCUGAAAAUCAUCUGGACAGAGUUGGGUGGAGACACUGCAGACUGAGUUAAAUACUGCAACACCUGAGAUCUGUAAAUCUGUGACCAUCUCUAACAGCAAAGCCAAGUAAACAUGGCCUUCUUCAAGAACAUCUUCAAACAUGUCAUCAAUGACAAAGACCCCAAAGAUAACACUGUCACAGUGAAGGAUAAGCCGAAACCGAAGUAUUAUGGAACAGUCGUCCCGUAUCCGAACUUCAGUGCCAGCAACGAUGCUGCCGUUCUUAAGAGUGCCAUUGAAACUAAAGGAGUGGACGAGGCUGCGAUCAUUGCAAUCCUGGUGAAGAGAAGCAACGAGCAGAGACAGAUGAUCAAAGCAGUUUUUGAAGCUACCGCUGGGAAGAAGCUGGAAUUAGCUCUGAAGUCGGCUCUCAAGUCACAUUUAGAGGACGCCUGUCUGGCUCUGCUCAUGACACCCGCCCACUUUGAUGCCUACCUGCUCAGGAAAGCUAUGAAGGGUCUGGGCUCAGAUGAAGAUGUCCUCAUUGAGAUUCUGGCAACAAGAUCAAACCAACAGAUUCAAGAGAUCAAGAGGGUCUUCAAAGAAGAUUACAAAGCAGAGCUGGAGGAUGUUAUUAAGAGUGACACCAGUGGUGACUUUACCAUGGCCCUCCUGGCCAUGUUGAAAGCUAGCAAGGAUGAGAGCACUGUAGUCGACAUGGCUCUGGCAGAAAAGGACGCAAAGAUUCUGUUUGAAGCAGGUGAGACCAAACAUGUCAAUGUUUCUACCUACAUCGACAUCCUGACCACACGGAACAACCUGCAGCUCUCUAAAACAUUCCAGCAAUAUGCCUCCGUCAGUGAUGUCACAUUACCAAAAGCCCUGGACAUGAAGCUGAAGGGAGACAUUGAAAAAUGCCUCCUUGACCUUGUGAAAUGUGCCUGGAACACACCAGCCUUCUUUGCUGAGACGCUCCAUCACGCUAUGAAGGGCCUCGGCACAAACGAGAACGCACUGAUCAGGGUGCUGGUGAGCCGCUCUGAGGUCGACCUGAAGAAGAUCAUCGAUGAAUACAAGGCCAUGUUCAACAUUAGCCUACAGGAGCACAUAGUGAAAGAGACUAGAGGAGACUUUCAGCAUGUCCUGCUUGGACUGUGUGGAUCUAACUGAAAUUCUGCUGUAACCACUUUACUGGAAAACAAGGCCAGCUUGUCCACUGGAUGCCACUGAAACCUCACAUCUUUCAAAAUGAUUAUGAAUAAUGUGACCAAUCUGUCUUAUUGAGUUGAUGUUAUCCCACCAACAAUAAAAAACAUCUCAAACCCUU